AGUAAGCAGGACGCAGUCGGCUUCAUGCUCGAGCUGGAAAAAGAGAAUUUCACGCAACCACCGGGACAGUAGAUCAUCAUGGCUGAAGCAGCAGAUACAGAGGUCCAAACCACCUCCUUGGAACCUCAGGCCAGGCAUAUUGUUUACUGUGGAGUGUGCUCUCUUCCACCUGAGUAUUGUGAAUUCGGCGGAACAGCCAAAAAGUGCGAAGAAUGGCUACAUGAGAACAAUCCUAGUAUGCACCAAAAGCUAUACUCAGAGGAAACCAUCGCCGCCAACCUCUCUACGCUUUCCAUCCAGGCCCGCGAACGUGCAGCCAAAGAUGCCGCCAAGAAAGAAGCAAAAGCUGCUUUGGUAGAAACCCGUAACCAGGAGCGCAAGGCCGCCGCUAAAGUUCAGAUCAAGCGUGUUGAACGUAAUAAGCGGAAACACGUCACGGUCAUUGCGGGUCUAGAAGCACAUGGCUUAGAUAACAAGAAAGUCGCCAAAGAGCUGGGCAAGAAGUUUGCUACAGGUUCAUCAGUGACAAAGAACCCAGCCGGUGGAGAAGAGAUUACUGUGCAGGGCGAUGUUUGUGAGGAUGUCCUAGAGUGGUUAGUAGAAGUGCAUGGGAAGGAGGUACCUGAGGAUAAUUUAGAGAUUGUUGAGGAUAAGAAAAAGAAGAAAGCGGCUGCUGAGUAAGGUUAAAUUGUCCUCUGAAGUUGUUUUCUCUUUGCUUUAUAUUUGGGAUUGGCGUCUGGGAAUUCGCUGCUCUCGCUUGAGCUAUGAGGUUUAUGUUCCGGCAUGCUAGAAUGAACCACAAUUUGACCAUGACUAAAAGCUUGGAGCCUUUGGA